UAUCUUUUGCAACACGAGUGCGACAAGUACAGAUUCCCUUCUGUAACGAUAUAAACGAAGAUCAGCCUUACAAAAAGGCAGAAAUUAAGAUGGAAGAAGACUAUGAUUUUUUGGUUGGAAUCGAUUUUGGCUCAUCUUUUUCCGGAUGUUCUUACGUAGAUCUUAGGGAUACUCGGAAUAUCAUCAAGACUAUCAAGUCCGAUAAAUGGUUACAUGUGGAACGUAAUCACCCGUAAAUGUAAAUAUUAAUCAUUGUUGAAAAUAUAGGCCUGGAGGUAUUUUAAAUGGAAUGGAUAAGAUCCCAACAGUAAUGAAGAAAAAUGAUAAAAUGAGAUUAAUUUCAUGGGGAACAAAAGCCAUUGUCAAAAGCAACUAUAAUGUCAAUGCAAAUAUCAUGGAGGAUUUUAAACAGCAUGUGGGUAUCCGUUGGGGUGGAGAUGAUGAGGAUUCUACAUUUGACAUCAAUCCCACUGCAAUGUAUUUAAAACAUUUCAAUUAUCACAUAAAGGACUGUAUAAUCGAAAAUGAAACAAAGGAAACAGUCAAUGAUGAUAAUAGGGUGAAAAUUCGAAAAAAGUAUACGUUCAAGUACGUCAUGAAUGUGCCUACCAUAUGGAAUGAAUUUGCCAGAAAUAAUUUAGUUGAAGCAGUCAUUGCGGCUGGAAUCAUCAAAAGAAACAAAAGAGAUUGUCUAAGUUUGAUAGAUGAAUCAGAUGCAGCCAUGAUUUUCUCUAAAAAUCUACUGCGUCAGCAUUUUUCAUGCUUUAAAGAUGAGAGCCGAAAAGUCAUUUUAUGCGAUGCUGGUGGAUUAAAUGUUAGCGCAUGUACUUACAAUUGGAGUUAUCAACAUGGGGAACCAAAAUUUCAUCAAAUCCUAGAAGUGAAUAGCGACACUUGCGGGUCGAAAAAUCUGAACAUUAGAUUUAGAGAUUAUCUCUUGCGAAUUUAUCGCGAUUUCGGAAAACAUCCCAGUAAUCUUCAGAUGAUCUCUGACAAAGCCAUGGCUUACUUUGAAAGCGUCUACAAGUCAAGUUAUAUGCAGUAUGUGGAUGAUGAUGGUUAUCAUGAUUUUGAUUUACCAGAUGUACUGGUGAACUUUACUGGAACCACACGAUACAUAUUAGUGAAUGAUAACAAAGCAAUUCGAAUUAGCAACGAGUUCAUGAAAACAAGAAUCGUUGAUCCUGUUGUCAAUCGUGUCCUCGAUCUUUUGCAGAAGCAGUAUAUACUAACGGAAGACUCUGGAGCAAAAGCUGAAGCCAUUGUCAUGGUUGGUGGGUUUUCUCAAUGCAUGUAUUUACAAAAGCGAAUUAAAGAGAAAUAUCGAGGUGUUUGCAAAGUCAUUUUUCCCGAUGAAGCAAUAAAUGCCUUUUCUCGAGGUGCUGUAGACUAUGUUUUGAACAUGCACGAUAUAUCCAAGAGAUACAAAGGUCCAUCCAUCUCUUUAGAGGUCCAAAGACCUGUUAAAAGACAUGAUCUAAAUCAAUCGGGUUGCUUAAAAUUUAAGGGGCAAGAUGAUUUGUAUUACUUGAAGAAUCGCCUGCAGUAUUUUGUUAAAAAGGGUCAGCAACUGAACUCACCUGUGUAUUCCCAAACCAUCUACGUUGCUUAUCCCAAAAGUGCCGUUAUUGGUAAUUGAAUAUAGAAUACUCUCCCCGUUGAUAAAAUUAACAUCUAUUAGCUAUUUUUUCUUCUGAAAAUGGCGAAAACGCAAAGAAGGG